AUGCCCAUUCGCCUCCGAUUACGAGCGCCCAACGGCACCCAUACCCUCUCCCUCGACGAUAAUGCCGCCGUCUCCGACCUUCUAUCAUCUAUCAGCGAAAAGACGGAACUCCCACUCUUCGAAUUGAAAUGGAACCACCCACCCCAGCCGCUCGAUCCUUCACUAUACGGAAUGUCUACGCUAUUGAAGGACAUUGACCUUAAACUUAAUGGCGCCUCCAUCAUCGUCAUUGGCAAAGCUACUGGCGAUCCAAGUGAACGGAAAGCAGAACAAGAAGCCCAGUCUGCUACAUCUCAGUCAGCACCCCUGUCGUUACAACGCAAGCAGAACUCCGCGCUCAAAGACACUCCCGAAGUCCCUGUGCCCGAACGUGCUGGCACCAUUGUCCUGAGAGUGAUGCCGGAUGAUAACUCAUGCAUGUUCCGAGCUCUUGGAAGCGCCGUUCUCUCCGACUCACUGGAUGCCAUGACCGAACUUCGGUCGAUGGUCGCCCAAGCUAUACAAAGAGACCCCGAACAGUACAACGAAGCAAUCUUGCAGCGGUCUCCCGACGAGUACUGCAAAUGGAUAUCAUACUCGGACUCAUGGGGUGGUGGAAUUGAGCUCAGUAUUCUCUCUCAAGAAUUUGAUAUCGAGAUUGCCAGUGUCAACGUGCAGGACAACCGUGUAGACCGCUUCAAUGAAGGUCGACCACGCCGCUGUAUCCUUGUAUAUUCCGGUAUUCAUUACGACACUAUCGCUCUGGUUCCGCGUGGAGUUUCGCCUCAAGAUCCUUCUCAAGACAUCAAGCUUUUUGAUCCCAAUGAUGAUGUCAUCCUCGAGGCUGCACGGGAACUCUGUCGCCAGCUGCAAAAACAGCAUUACUAUACAGAUACCCAGAAAUUCGACAUCAAAUGUAACACGUGUGGCUGGAAGGGAGCUGGAGAACGGGGAGCGAUCCAGCACGCGACAGAGACCGGACAUAGUGACUUUGGUGAGGCAAACUAA